AUGUUAUCAUCUAAUACCUGCGUAGACUGUCCGUCCGGUUGGACUAAAGGUGUAGACAAUGAAUGCCUACUAAUACCCGACAAAACUUCUUACGGAACCAAUUAUACAACUGCACUGAAAACAUGCGCUCAGAAAUAUAACGCCCAGCUCAUUUCAAUUAAAAGUGCUGCCAAGAACAAUUUUGUAACCCAGUGGUUUAAAGAUCAAAAGUUCGAUGCUUACUUUUGGCUAGAUGCUACCAGGGUGCUAAAAGCGGACAGCUCGGACAGUUUCAUUUGGUCUAAUGGGGAUCAGCUGACGUACACCAAUUGGGAAUCAGGUAUAAAUGAACCAAAUGGCAAUAUACCUGAGCACCUGGAUGCAGUUGAGGUUUGUGUAAGCGUGUAAAAUGGAUGGACGUACCUUGCUAUCAAACAUGCGCUCAGAAAUAUAACGCCCAGCUCAUUUCAAUUAAAAGUGCUGCCAAGAACAAUUUU